CGCACUCCGGAGCAGGAGGAGGCGGUGAUGGAGCAGUAACCCGCGAUUUAACCGCCGAUGCGCCGAAGAAGAAGAAGAAUGCGGAAGUAACCGAGCCCACAACUUAUACAAACAAACACUAAACUCUGAACAUUUAUCUUCUCGAAAGUGUGUUCGAUUCCUGAAACUGCACCGUUUCUGUCAUAUGCACAGCUGAAGGUAGAUGUGUCCACAGCCUUUGAUCAGUGUGUGUGUGUGCAGGUGUGUGUGAGUGCAGGUGUGUGUGUGUGUGUGUGUGUGUGUGUGUGUGUGUGUGAGGAUAUGUGCAGGUGUGAUGGAGGCCAGUGUGUGUUUGGCUCCAGAGGAGGAUUCUCUGAUUGAAGGAGUCAGUGACCCUGUGCUUCUGGUGCUGGUGCUCAGUGUCAGCUUUCUGCUCGGUCUGGCCACGCUGCUCUGCAGGAACGAGCAGCAGAGGAUUCAUCCGGACAAUCAGGAGCAGGUGCGUGUGGUCCGGGAGCAGCUCCACCCCGAGCAGCUGGCGGCGGCGGAGCCCAGGCAUCAGUUCUACUCGGACAUGUCAUGUCCCGUGUGUCUGCAGCAGGCCGUUCUGCCCGUGGAGACUAACUGCGGUCAUCUGUUCUGCGGGCCCUGUUUAAUGGCGUACUGGCGUUACGGGACGUGGCUCGGAGCCAUCAGCUGCCCCAUCUGCAGACAGACGGUGACCCUGCUGUUCCCGCUCUUCCGUGACACGGGGGGGGCUCAGACGCCGGACGGACAGGUGGACCCCGCGCUGAUCCUCAGAGACAUCCACGACUACAACCUGCGCUUCUCCGGACAGCCUCGCUCCCUGCUGGACCGUCUGCUGGACGUCCCCACGCUGCUGCGGCACGCCUUCAGAGAGAUGUUCUCCGUCGGGGGUCUGUUCUGGAUGUUCCGGAUCCGGAUCCUGCUGUGUGUGCUGGGAGCGCUGACGUACCUGGCGUCACCGCUGGACUUCAUCCCCGAGGGAGUGGUGGGGCUGCUGGGCUUCAUGGACGACUUCUUCGUCAUCCUGCUGCUCUUCAUCUACAUCUCCAUCAUGUACCGCGAGGUGGUGACGCAGCGGCUGGCCGCCUGAGCGUCUGAUCUCUGCUUCAGAAGAACCUCACGCUGUUCUGUGCUCGGAACCAAAGCUUGAGAAGAUCAUCCAGAAACACCUGCUGAGAGACUCCUCUGUGUUUCAUGUGAUAGAGCUGGAAUAUCACACACAGACUCCUGCUGCAGCUGAAUGUGUGUACGACACACACACACACACACACACACACACACACACUAAAACAUUAUCACACACACACACACACACACACUAAAACAUUAUCACACACACACACACACUAAAACAUUAUCACACACACACACACACACACACUAAAACAUUAUCACACACAGACACACACACACUAAAACAUUAUCACACACAGACACACACACACUAAAACAUUAUCACACACAGACACACACACACACUAAAACAUUAUCACACACAGACACACACACACACACACACUAAAACAUUAUCACACACGCACACACACACAUACACACACACAGACACACACACACUAAAACAUUAUCACACACAGACACACACACACACUAAAACAUUAUCACACACAGACACACACACACACUAAAACAUUAUCACACACACACACACACACUAAAACAUUAUCACACACGCACACACACACAUACACACACACAGACACACACACACACACACUAAAACAUUAUCACACACAGACACACACACACACACACUAAAACAUUAUCACACACGCACACACACACAUACACACACACACAGACACACACACACACACACACACACUAAAACAUUAUCACACAUAGACACACACACAUACUAAAACAUUAUCACACACAGACACACUAAAACACUAUCACACAGACACACACACACACACACAUACACACACACACACUAAAACACUAUCACACACACACACACAGACACACUAAAACACUAUCACACAGACACACACACACACUAAAACACUAUCUCACACACACACUAAUACACUAUCAUACACACACACACACUAUCUCACACACACACAUACUAAAACACUAUCUCUCACACACACACACACACAUACUAAAACACUAUCUCUCUCACACACACACACCAGUGUCUUCAGUCUGUUGUUUUGUCUUGACGAAGCUCAGAUGGUGUCUAUCAAACAGAGCUGAUAUCUUCAUUAAAGAAACAGAUUGUGGAAGAUGAAAA